CCUCGCUUGUGGUCUUUGUACGGCGUUGUGAGGCUGCAAUGAGCAAAACAUCCACUUCCUAUCACAGCGAUCCUAGACUCGCAACGACGGCCCCGCUAAACACAUGGCUCGCGCUUCUCGGAAUAUCCACCCACCCUCGUACUCUCCGUCUCGGUUAGACCCUGCAAGUUUCGGUUCCUGUUCAUCCUGCGUGUCCUUUUCCUUGCCAUGUAUAUCGUCCGCUACGAUGAAGGCCUAGCCUGCAUGCGAUGGUCGUCAAUAUAAUUGUCUCUGAUUUGGUACUACGAAGUGUCGAUUUCGUGGUCCUCACGGAUGCUCAACGCGUCCUGAGGCGCAAGGACCAGCCCAAGGAUGAAGAUAUCUCGACAGAGUCGUUUUGCAAGCGUCUUAGAUGGGCCCUUAGCUUGAUGUACAGUCCUCAGGUGUGGGAUGGAUGCACGAGCCCCGUUCUUCUCCCUCCAAUGACGCACCAUAGGACAUGCUUCCUGCUAGAACAGUCAGUCAUUCACACGCUGUGGGACCUGGUCGCGAUCCUCGUCCCGUAUCAUGCUGCCAUCUCAACCUGGAGUGGUACUGCAUUGGGCGCGGGUGCUUAUCGCCCUGUCGGCGUGUUCCACUCUCGGAAUGGCGUAUGGUACCCUGACAAUCUUCGCGGACUUGGUUGUGGAGGCCAGAAGAGUGGUCCAUGGGUAUACGGUCGUCUACGUGACGCGUAUACGUAUCGAUGAUUUUGGGGGCUUGUAUGGCAUCAGGUAUUCAGAAGAUUGCGUAGAGUCCAUCUUAUACCCUUCGGGUAGUCGGAUUGACUAUUCUUACAGCCUUUUAC